CGGCUAUAAAUUCGAACCCCCAAACGGCACCUUCUCACAAAAUUAAAUUCUUCCGAAGCAAUCAUCUUGCUAGAUUUCAGAGUUUUCGAGUGCACUAAAGAAAUUUUCAUGGUUGAACUAGACAUUCAAAUUCCAUCUGCUUUCGAUCCAUUUGCCGACGCCGAAGACUUGGGUGCCAUCGGAGCAAAGGAGUAUGUACACAUACGCAUACAGCAGAGGAAUGGAAAAAAGAGCUUAACUACCGUGCAGGGUUUGAAAAAGGAAUUCAAUUACGAAAAGAUCCUUAAAAACCUCAAGAAAGAGUUCUGCUGCAACGGCAACGUCGUUCAGGACAAAGAGCUCGGCAAGGUUGUUCAGCUUCAAGGCGACCAGCGAAAGAAUGUUUCCCAGUUUCUGAUCGGUGCUGGUAUUGUCAAGAAGGAUCAAAUCAAGAUCCAUGGUUUUUAGAUUAAGGAAGAAGAAAAAUCGAGUUUUUAUAAUUAAGUGUGGUUUUGUGUGGAGUGUUUUCGAGUUUCUUGCCUUUGUUUCUGUUUCGUUUUUGUUUCGGUUUGAAUCUUGAUUUCGCCCCGGGGUAUGUGCCAUGGGGUGUUUGGUGAACUAUGUAUGUGUUUGGUUUUCUAAUAACAUUGAUGAUUUAUGUUUA